AGUAAUUUUGGCUCGAGGGCAGGGCGGCCUGAGGCUGGUAGGGCGCGCGCUCUAGGCGCGCGCCGCGCCGGGCCGCCUGUUCCCAUGGAAUUCUGCACGCGGGCGUCGUGGAUCGCCGCGUACGAGGGCCCGCGCAUCAAGCGGCUGCGGCAGAAGUACCCCCAGGACCAGGUGGUCACCCCGCGCUCGGAGGCGCAGGGCGCGCCGCCGCCGCCGGAGCCGACGCCGCCGAGGGCGGCGCACGCGGGCGCGCCGGGCGCUCUCCCCGCGCGGGGGGGCGCAGGCUGCCGGGAGCUCGAGGCAGCCCUGCGCAAGCUGCGGCUGCUCGGGGGCGGCGCUGCGCGGGCCGCCGCAGCCGCGCCCGCCCGCACGCCGCGGCCCGCCGCCGCCGCGGGCGAGGCGCCGGGCGGGGGGGGCGCGGCCCUCGCGCUGGAGUGCACGACCGAGGCGUCGGUGCGGCGGGAGUGGCGCUGGGACUCGCAGAGGCACGUGGCGCUCACGCGGUCCACCGAGGUCGUGAAGGCCGUGCACCGGCCGACGGGCCUGCAGUACGCGGUGAAGAAGGUCAACAGGCAGGCCUUCGAGGCCGCCCAGCGCCGCAAGAGCUCGAGCGUCACGCUCGAGAAUGAGGCAUGCAUCCUGGAGCGCCUGAGACACCCGAAUAUUGUGCAGAUGUACUGGGCCUUCGUGACCGAGGAACGCCUCUACAUCGUGAUGGAAGACUUGCCAACGGACAUGUACAGAAGUCUCGACUCUGGAGGGCAGUUCCCGGAGCCGCUGGCGCAGAGGCUGUUCAAGGAGGUUUGCGAAGCUGUGGCAUACGCGCACGAGUGCAACGUCAUACACCGCGACAUCAAGCCGGACAACGUGCUGCUGACGUCCGAGGACCGCCGGGACAUGCGCGCGAAGCUGGCCGACUUCGGGAUCUCCCGCGUCGCUGUCGGGCCGCGCGAGUGCGAGACGUACUGCGGGACCCGCAGCUACGUCGCCCCAGAGGUCGUGAGGCAGAUGGUGCGGAGAAUGUUGGCGUGCGCCAUCGUCGAAGGCCAGGACGCGGAGAAGUGCCUGGCAGCUGGCGAUGCGCUCGGCGCACCCCUCGGGGACGCCUCCGGGGGCUACGGCAAGCCCUCAGACGUGUGGGGCUUGGGGGUGCUACUCUACGUGAUGCUCACCAGGAAACCGCCGUUCGACGCAGAGAAAGACGCGUGCGAGCUGCACCGGGACAUACUCAUGGGCAGGUGGCAGUUCGACGUGCCGGAGUGGAAGUACGUGUCGUCCUCGGCGAAGGAGCUGGUGAGAGAGCUGCUGACGGUCGACCCCGAGGCGCGGCCAUCCGUCCAGGGAGCGCUGGCCAGCCCCUGGCUCCUCGGCGCGGGCGGCGGCGCCUGAGACCGAAGGCGAGCUGGCUCUGCUCGGAGGGCAUCAACUAUACACCAACACCGAUCCUGGCCCAGGGUGAUCCUGGCCAGGAUCGGUGUUGGUGUAUAGUUGGUGCCUUCCUAUCUGCGGCCCCUGUCGCCGCGCUUUGGGCACCACGAUGCUCGGACUGCGAUCCCGGCCCGCUCCGCCACCGGCGGCUCUGCCACCGCGGCUAGGGAUCGGAGCGUCGGGUCGGGGUCCGCUCUCCCCCACGAGGGGGGCGGCAGGAAAGGACGGGCGCGCGCGCCCCCCCCCCCCCUCAGACCGCGCGUGCCCUCCUCCUCCUCGCUCCUCGUCUCAGGAGAGG